AUGAAGUUCUUAGUGAAAAGGGGGAUAGGUAGCCUAUUUCAAACUUUUAAGCGAUAGUAGUGGACUCACUAUCCAUAAACUUGGACAAUUAUGUAACCUGACAACUGACGUUGUUUUCCAAGGACGCGGUUGUGUUUGAAUGAUUUUCAAAGGAAAGGAAAGGAUACAUUUCGCAUCCAUUCGAACCGCUGCAAGAAGGCAAGCUACAACUUCCAACAAAGUUUACUUUGACAUUUCUGGAGAUUCUGCAUGCUGGCACUUCUGUGAGGUUUCUCUCUACUGACGGACUGUGAGGUGAAAGAAGAGUUGUCUUUGCGAGGAACCAGGAGGAAGGGAAGGCCGGCCAGUGACCACAUCCUGUCCUCUUCUGGAGAAGCUGUAGGCCAGUACUACAACAGUACGACUACAAUACUCUGAUGGCAGACAGACCCAUUCUACCCCUGUUGCUUCUGGCAUUCUGCUGCUCAGCAUUUGCAGGCCCGUUGUCACGCAGCCCGUGUGAGCUGCUGCCAGUCGGCGUAGGCCACCCGGUGCAGGCCCUGCUAAAGAGUUUCACGGCCAUGUCAGGCUGUGCCUCCCGCGGCACAACAGGACUGCCUCAAGAGGUCCACAUCAUCAACCUGAGGGGCCACGGUCCUAAGGGGCCAGACCACAAGACUACAGAGGUGGAGCUGCACCUGAAGCCCAUCCAGUCCCUACUGGCGCACCAGAAGCCCCUGGUGUUUGUGCUAAACUCCCCCCAGCCUGUGGUCUGGGACAUCAGGACAGAGAAACUAGCCCUGGGCAUCAAACACAUCUUCCAUGUAUCUGAGGGAUCUGAUGUCUACUUCCUUCCAGGGAACUUCUCCCUCCACUGUCAGGUUCAGAAGGAGGUGCUUCCCCAUGGCAACGAGCACCUCCUCAGCUGGGCCACCAAGAAGUACAGAGCCGUCACCUCCUUCUCCGAACUCAAGAUCGCCCUGGACAUCUACAUUAAAGUGGGAGAAGACCCAGUGUUCUCAGAUACCUGUAAGAUUGACAACAAGUUCCUGUCUCUGAACUACCUAGCUGGCUACGUGGAGCCCCAGCCCUCUAAAGGCUGUGUCCUGUCUGGACCAGACCAGGACCAAGAGGUCCACAUCAUUGAGCUGCAAGCACCCAACUCCAGCAGUGCGUUCCAGGUGGAUGUGAUUGUGGACCUGAGACCACUGGAGGCAGAUGUUCCAUUGAAACGUAACGUCGUGCUGCUGCUAAAGUGUGAGAAGUCUGUCAACUGGGUCAUCAAGGCUCACAGCGUCAUCGGCAAACUGGACGUGGUGACGUCAGAUACCAUCAGUCUGAGCCCCAACACAGAGAGGCUGAUGGAGGUGUCUAAGACCCCCAAGCACCACCUCCCAUCUGGCUCUCAGGCCCUGAUCAAGUGGGCAGAGGAGCAUAGCUAUGGACCGGUCACCUCCUACACCCACACCCCUGUGGCUAACACCUUCAACCUGAGGCUCAGGGAGCCAGAUGUAUUAGAUCCCCUGGAGUCCAUGUUCCUUCCAGACCUGUCUAUCCCGUGGGACACCAACCCCCUCCUGUCUGGUGGUCCGGGGGGUGCUGCCUCGCGCUCCGGUGGCCUGCCCUUCCCCUUCCCCCCACCCAAGGAGCAUGGCCUGCCCUACCUGUCCCUGGAGGACCGUUCCUGGCUGGGAGGGGAGCAGGGUGGGGAGCCUGAGGAGCAGCAGGGGACCCUCAGUGUGGGGCUCAGUGUUCAGUGUGAGGAGAACAGGAUGGUGGUCAGCAUCGACAGAGAGAGUCUGGAGGCCAGUGGUUAUGGUAAUGCCAACCUGACUCUUCAAGACCCAGAAUGCAAAGCAAUGGUUAACUCCACCCACUACACCCUAGAGACGCCAUUGGAGGGCUGUCAGACAACCAAGUACCCCAUGCACCCCAGCUCUAUGGUCCUCUACAUCAACUCAAUCUUGAUAAGUCCUGCUGAGCCUAAGGAUGGGAGUGGUGGUCCCCCAGAUGACGAGGAUCUAGAGUCCGGAGACGUGACCUUCCCUGGGGAGGCAGAUGAGCUGGAGAGGCUGGAGAGAGCUGCUUUCCUGGGGCACACCACGGAUCCUGAUCACAGAUCCUCCAUUCUGUUCAACUGCACCUACAGAAAGAACCAGAACACCCUAGGAGGAUCAGGAUCAUCAGGAUCGUUUUCCCACUUCGCCCCAGCAGCUAAGGAACCCGUCAGAACCGACGUGAUGUUCAACAUGGAGCUGUACAACACCCAACUCUUCCGCUAUCCUUCAACCCAGGCCUUCCACACCGUUUCCAAAAAUAAACAGGUCUUCGUAGAGAUUGGGGCCUUCAAAGUCGACCCAGAGCUAGGGUUCAUGAUCCAGACCUGUUUCAUCUCUGCCAACUCCAACCCGAACAUCCCGUCUUACUACACCUUGAUCGAGAACAUCUGCCCUACGGACAACACGGUCAAGUACUACCCUCAGAGAGACCUCCCUAUUCCCCACUCCCAGACCGACAGGAAGAGGUUCAGCUUCACCUUCAACUCCUCCUUCAACGAAUCGUUGCUGUUUCUGCACUGUGAAAUGUCUCUCUGCUCCAAGAGACCCCACAACAACCAGGGACGGGCUAUGUGUAUCCAACCGGACGAGGCGUGUACAUCUGUCAAUGGAGAGAUCAUCCUAGCCAUGAUGAUGAACGCCAAGACUUCUACCAAGACCCUGGUGGUGGUGGUGGAAGGACAUGACACAGUGGAGAAGGAGGGACCAGUGCCUCCCACCCGCACAGGCCCUCCUGACCCACCAGGGGAAACUGUUUUGUAUGUGUUGGACACCCCGACCGUGGUUGGGAUCGCCUUCGCCGCAUUUGUGAUCGGGGCCCUGUUGACCGGAGCCCUGUGGUUCAUCUACUCUCAUACAGGUGAUACAGCUGGCCGACAGCAGGCCCAGAAGCCCCAGCCCCCAGCCUCAGAGAACAGCAGUGCGGCCCACAGUAUUGGCAGCACACAAAGCACGCCCUGUUCCAGCAGCAGCACAGCGUAGCCUUGGGGCCAGUCCGGGGCCAGCGGAGAAGGAGAGCCCCCCCACCCCUCUGCAGGGCCACAGGAAGGGCCACACGGGUCACAGGGAACUGGGUUUGCUAACAUUUGUUUCCCCGCUCGAUGAAAGGAAUUAUUUUGGGAUGCUUUGUGAAAACAAAGAAGAAGAAUUUAUUAAAAAAGAAGACAAACAAAAGGAUUUUGUAAGAAAGCCUGAUGUUGCUGGUUAAAUUCGAUGUGUACCAUUUUAUUUCAACACAAGUCGUUAAGGUUUUGUGACAGAGCUACUGUACUGGAAGGACUGGUCUGAAGGGGAAAUAGUACUAAUACCACAGAAAGGUAACAAGGCCUCACAUCUCUAGAGCGAUAGAACUCUAGCUACGGACAAGAAACAACUGUUAGUGAAAUACCAGACUUUUUUUCUUAUCCAAAUGCUGCUUUUUCUGCAACCACAACAGAGAAUUUUGUUUUGACCUUAAACGUCUAGUUGAAGCUGUAAACAAGCUAGUGUACACCAAUAGCACUGGAGACCGUAAAGCUGCCUGUCUGCACACACCAUCUGUGGGUGUUAGCAAGACUAGUGAGAGGAACAACAUGGCUGUCAACCAGUGUUAACCCCUAUCAAUAUGCUAUAUAAAUAAUAGAUGCUACCUCCUAUCCACAUGUUAUAGGAGAUAGUCAAAUCAACGAGUUGAAUCAGAGAGCAAUAGUGUGAGAAGGAGCCUCUCGGCAGUCUCUUUUCCCCUCAAAGCCAGAUAAAGCAUCCUGCCAUGUGCUAUUAAUCACUUGGAAUCUGAAAGGACUUAAUAACCAAGCAAGAUAUAUACAUAGAUAGAUAGAUACCAAGAAAUGUGAAAGACAAAAGUAAUGUGAAAGAUAUCUUGAUGAACCCUGUUUGCAAGCCAGCUAGUCAUGACAAUCGGUCAGGACUUUGUCAACGCAUCCGUCUAAACAUACUGUUGUGACAACAUCGAUGACAAAGUAUCAGCGGUGUGCAUUUGGUCAUAUUGAGUGAUGAUUGCUUUGCAGUCCUUCGUCUCAAGUUUGAUUGGUGUUACACAGCUUGGCUUUCGGCAGUAUGGGUUUCUCAUAUACUAUAUAAAAACAGCCAUUGUAAAGCUAUAUAUAUAUUUUUGCAACUAUUGUAAAUAAUAUAAAAUGUUAUAAGGACAAAGUCAAAAUAUAAUGUGCAAGAUUGUGUGCAUUCGAAACCUUAUGUUGUUAAAUAAGACAUGGUAAAGUGGCUGUUUGGCCAGUAUUCCCAUAUAUACCAUAAUGUUUUAUGUUUUUAUCCACUGUGAGGUAACUAAAAUGCUACAUGCUGCAGUGUUGGAUCAUAAAUAUAUAUACAGUAUUGUAAUUGGGCAUUACAUUUGGAGCACAGUAAUUGGGCAUUACAUUUAAACCACAAAAACAACGUGCCAUUCGAUCUGGGUCCGACACCACUAGGCCUUCAGCUGUUUUCAUUGUGAUUGUACAUAAUAAUGUUGUACACAAUUUCAUACCAACAUUUACAUUUUUCACAGCAAAUAAUUGAGAACCUGAUAUAGUUGAGUUUGUGGAAUGAAAAUAUAAGCCAAAAUAGUCAUUGUCUGGUUUUGUUCAGUAAAUCAUACUCAGAUUCUCAGCUUUCAAGUAUAUUUUCUGUAUGUGGUAAAUACAUUGUCAAUCUUACUCACCAGGGCAUGAAAUAGUUCAACGUUGCAAUAUACUGGCGCCAUCUUGUAAUCUUAAUGGUGUAUUUGUUCCGACAAACAUUCCACAUCCUGAUUAUUUACGCCCUGGUGUCAUGUUCAACAUGUAUUGUUUCUCUCUGUGUUUAUAGACAUAUUUAUUUGAUUUGACCUUUAUUUUACUAGGCAAGUCAGUUAAGAACAAAUUCUUAUUUUCAAUGACGGCCUACGAACAGUGGGUUAACUGCCUUGUUCAGGUGCAGAACGACAGAUUUGUACCUUGUCAGCUCGGGGGUUCGAUUUUGCAACUUUUCGGUCACUAGUCCAACGCUCUAACCACUAGGUUACCUGCCGCCCCAGUAUGGGCACUUAGAUGUACAUGAUUGUGUACAUAAUUGUGCACAUAAUUGUACUACUAUGGCUGACCCUGUAAAACAACACAUUUCACUGCACAUAUUCGGUGUAUGUGACAAUACAACAUGUUUGUUUUUUUAUGUCAUGUGCCAUGCUAAUGCAAAGCCAAAAGAGUCCCACCGUCAUAGAAUCCAUGAAUGUUCUCUGGUGUUCCUUUACUUUUAGUAAUUGGGGGGGGGGGGUUGAAUAGAAAUAUCUUUUUUUAGGAGAAAAGGGAUGGUUUAUACUAAUUUUACUUUGUGGUUGGGCGUGUAAAAGAGAACCCAAUAUGUUAAGUAAACAUAAUUUGCGUUAGAUCCUACUUUUAUGUGUUAAGUGUUUUAUCGCAAAGCUUUGAGCCUGUGUUGUAUGUAAACAUGUGUAGCUGUCUCCACAGAAGAAAACAGAGUAUAAAUAUAUUUGUGGAUAAAAUUAUAUAUAUUUGAAAGUA